UCCGCUCCAGUCUCUCCGCGCGCGUGAUCCGACGCGCUCAUCGUCCGUGCACGCGUCACGCGAACGAAAGUACCGAAAACCAGGAAUACGUAAAACACGUCCGAUCGCGGGGCAAUCCGCGACGCGCCCGUAACAUUCUCGUCGUCGUUUCUUGUCCGUCGUUUUAUUUUUAUUUUUUUUGUAUUUUAAAUCGUUUUUCACCACCGCCUGAUGCACCCGCGGUUUCCUACGCGUGCGCACCGUACUGCCGGUACGUAAACGCAUCCCUCGUCGCCGUGUUAGAACCGUGUUCUGUACCACCGAGCCGAGACGUAACCGCACCCCUGUCUGACCGCGUACUUUGCACGCGGUUGUCGCGGAUCGAACAGGUGUUUUCUUUUUCCGUGCGGUAGCCAUACCUCGGACCCGCCCCGAGACCACCACCCCCGAACGGACGGGCACGACGCGCACCAAACAGGAAGGACCGACCGUUUCCCGUUGUUCUCUUGUUCCGCCGCCUGUUCCGCAACCGCUAGCGCAUAAAUAAUUCUUAAGUCAACGACUAUACAUUAUUCAAAAUAAAAAAGCCUCGUGCUAUUUUUAUUGAAUAAACAAAAUACAAAUAUGCGCUGAAAUUACGAACAUGGACAAAAUUAAUGUUCCUACAUCGGACUUAGCGUCUUUGGAUUGCUGGGAUUAUACAAUUGAAUUGGAAUGUCUUCGUGGUCCACAAGACUUACAGCUAGCUGCGGAAUUAGGGAAAACUCUAUUAGAGAGGAAUAAAGAAUUGGAAACCAAUUUGAGGCAACAACAAAAUGUCGUGGAUGAUCGCAAUCAAGAGAUUGAGUAUCUUACCAAACAGACAGCCGCUCUGAGAGAAGUGAACGACUCCCGGUUGCGAAUUUACGAACAAUUAGAGAUCAGUAUUCAGGAUCUAGAGAGAAAUAAUCAGAGACUCGUGCAGGAAAACAUAAACGACAAAAAACAAAUAAAAAGUUUGUACGAGACAAUCGAAAGUUUGGAAAGUCGAUGUGAAGAUCUGCAGCACUUAGUCGACGAUAUGGGUCAUUUGAAAAAAGACGACAGCGUAGUCCCCGAAGGCAGUGUCAGCGGGUCUGCGAUCGAAGAUCAAGAUGAAUAUGCUAAACUUGUUUCACAAUUGGAGCAUGCGAAAAAUCAAAGAGCCAAGGAACAGAGAAAAGUGUCUGAAUUAGAACAAAACGUGUCCUUACUUAUUAAGGAGAACACGAAUUUAGAAGAAAAAGUAAUUGUUAUGCAACAGAAAGAUGAAGAACUGAAAACGCUCCAAGAUCAAAUAGUCUACUUAGAGGAAAUAAGACAAGGAAAUUUAUGUCGCCGUUGUCAACGUACCACCGACCAAAACCUAUUCGACGAGUACUCAGUAUACGACGAUGAUGAUGACACUGAUGAUAUUAGCGCUAUAGGAUCAUAUGUCGAAACGCACAAACACGAAGUCUUGCAACAAUUACAAGAGACGCUGGGCGAGAACUAUUCGGAAGACAAUCCGUACCGGAUACUGGUGGACAAGUACGAGGCGCUGCUGAAAAUCCAACAGAAGCACAACGCGUUCACGACGAUGCUGCCGUCGAACAACUGCAAGGACGAGAACCAGGGCAUAUCGUUGCACGAGGAGCUGCAGAUGUCGGGGCAGUUCUCGUCGUUCAACGGCAACGCGUCCGACAGCGACGACGACGACGGCGGCGACGCGACCACAGACGUCGGCGGCGGUGGGGUGGCGACGGCGAGGGGCCCGGCGUGCAAGUACUCGGAGACGGAGACCACGUCGUCGUCGGGAUUCUCGGACGAGACGAGUAACAAGUGCACGCAGACGGAAACGUUCUUCACCGGGUCGUUCCUGUGCACGAUCUCGGACGGCGACGACUGCCGGUUCAGCAUCUACGACGACGCCAGUCCCAUCGAGAGCCGGUUCCGCAAGACGCCCGAGUACCGUCAGCUGUUCCGCGAGAUAUUCGCCGUGCUGAAGCGCGCGGCCGAGGCCAAGGACGAGGGCGAGCGGCUGCCGCUGCUGCAGGACGAGAAGUGCGACGACUUGCUGCUGAGGGACAAUGCUGAGUGCGACGAUGACGACGACGGCGUGUGCGACUCACGGCGGACGGCGGCCGCGCCCAGGGUGCCGCCGGCCACGCCGGCUUGCGAGACCAACCCGCUGAUCGGGUUGUUGGAAACCGCGGCCGCGGCCCGGUGCGAACCGGUCGCCGCGACGGAACAGCACAUCCCGAUGGCGGCCGAACGACGCGUUGAGAAAUGCGAACGGGCCGUCGUCGCCGCUGCCGCCGACCGGGAACAACCGCGGCAGGACGACCGUCUGGGGCACACCGUACGCCAGCAUCGGGACAUCAUCGAGGAGCUGGCCUCGUGCAGUGCAAAGCACAAGAAGCACGUGCGCCACCGCAAGCACCCGUCCUCAGGCAGGCAACAGUCCCGGGAUAUCAGCCACCUGGUGGACUACAAGUGGAAGGAUACGAGCAGGCAGAGGAGUGCAACCGGUGGUGGCGGCAGCGGCGACCGGCCGUCGCCGUCCCACCGGGCCACGUGGUACGGGCCUCGGGACGAGACGACCGCUGGCCACGAGUCGAUGGAGUUCAAGAGCAUUGCUUCCCAGGAGGUCGCCAAGUUGAAGUUGCUGGAGAAGUCGUACGCCGAAGUGUUGAGAGUGAGGAAACCACCGUCCAACCGGCCGCAAACGCAAUAUUUCGGUUAGACAGACGUAUGUGUGGCGUGCACGUGUACAAUAACGCACCGAUAUGUGCGUCUACACGCGCACGAAUUUAAAAUUUGUUUUUCAAAUCCUUUAUUCCUAUUUAAUAUAUAAUAUUAAUGUAAACCUGUUGCGGGGUAAAAAGAAAAACAUGAAAAAAAAGACAGCACUAAACGUCUACCGAACGUUAUUGAGUUCCCGUGUUUUAACUAAAUUAAUAUUAUUUAAUUUGA